AUGUUAUCAAAUUCAAUAGAAGAUGGUAAUAAAAUUGUUCAAUGUUUAAAUACCAAUGAAAAACUUCAAUUUGUUCGUCAAAUGACUGAAACAACAAAUAAUUUAUAUUAUUUCGAUUUACAACGUCAACUCUGGCAAGAUUAUUUUGAUCUUGGCAUAAAAGAAAAUAAAUGGGCACCACGAGUAUCAAAAUCUUUUGUUAAACAACAUCAUACAUGUCAUACAUAUGGUUUUCGUAAACAUAUAGUUGAACAACGUCUAAAAACCAUCACACAACAAUUUCAAAGUACAAUAAAUGAAUUACAACAAUAUAUAUUACAAUCAGAACAAAAUGUUAAACAUUGGCAGCCAUACAUUCAUCCAGCUAUUUUAUCCAAUGCUAUAAAUGAAUGUGUGAAAAGUGCUCAACAACGAUUAAGGCAAGAAUUUGAUUAUAAAAAGAAAAUGUUAGCAUUAGAUUCAAAUGAUCGUAAUUUAAUUACAAAAUUUUAUGACUUAAAACCAAAUGAAGAACAGAUACAACUAGCAAAAUAA